CACUCAAGGCCUUUUACGGCGUCGUAAAGCAACUCGGCCAAACCGACGGCCGCAGUUCGCUGGUGAGACCCCGCCCGCGACCCCGGCUUGCGCGGGGCCUCGCCCGCUCCGGGACCCCCAGUCUCCCGCGCGCUGGGGAUCCUGGGCGACGUUCCCGGCGUCCGCGAUCCCCGGUCCGUCCGCUUCGGCCCACGCAAAGGGUCCGUGAGGAGGGGCGGUGGUGGCAGCAUGGAGGCACGCUUCACACGAGGGAAGUCGGCGCUGCUAGAGCGAGCCCUGGUGCGGCCCCGCACCGAGGUGAGCCUGAGCGCCUUCGCGCUGCUCUUCUCCGAGCUGGUGCAGCACUGCCAGAGCCGGGUCUUCUCCGUGGCCGAGCUGCAGGCGCGCCUGGCUGCCCUGGGCCGCCAGGUGGGCGCCCGCGUUCUGGAUGCGCUGGUGGCUCGCGAGAAGGGUGCCCGGCGGGAGACCAAGGUGCUGGGCGCUCUGCUGUUCGUCAAGGGUGCGGUGUGGAAGGCGCUGUUCGGCAAGGAGGCGGACAAGUUGGAGCAGGCAAACGAUGAUGCCCGCACCUUCUACAUCAUCGAGCGGGAGCCGCUCAUCAACACCUACAUCUCCGUGCCCAAGGAGAACAGCACGCUCAACUGUGCCAGCUUCACGGCGGGCAUCGUGGAGGCGGUGCUCACGCACAGCGGCUUUCCCGCCAAGGUCACGGCACACUGGCACAAGGGCACCACGCUCAUGAUCAAGUUCGAGGAGGCCGUCAUAGCCCGAGACCGGGCCCUGGAGGGCCGCUGACCCCCAGGAGAUAAAGAAUGCAGAGCCUCCUUCCCAAA